AUGGAGUCCCGGAUCAAGUCCAAGCAGCUGGAGGCGAAGCUUUUGAAAGACAAGGUGCAGGAGGCUCGCUUGAAAGCUCAGCAGCUCCGGCUCCAGUUGAAGGCCAUCGGUGCUCAAGACACCGUGGCUGGAAGUGGAAGCGAGGAGCCGUCCGAAUUCCGCGAGCUCCUGGAGAUGUUGGUCGGGGCCGUGGACCUGCAGCGCCAAGUCCUCUUCGAGUGCGGCUCCGAGGGGGAGGUGCAGGUGGGCGGUCGCAGAGUGAUGUUGCAUCGCAUGGUCACGUGGCAGAUGGGUGACUCGCCAUUGAAGCUCUCUGUCCCGAUGGAGCUGCAGGCGGAGAUCGCGGGCCUCUUGACCGAUGCCCGGAAGCGAGGACGGAUGGAAGAAGCAGUGCUGCAGCGCUUGUCCAGCACUUGGGAGCUCAUGGGUGCCGAGGUGGUCUCGGCGAGUGGAAGCGGAGCCGGAGCUUGCCCAUCAGCGCCCCUUCCCGAGCCGGCAAUCUUCCUCGUCCAUCGGUCUACCUCCCAGGCAGUCGUCGUGGCGAAGUGGCCCGCCGUCGACUUUACGCAGUCAGAGGCUCCGAAAAUCUUUGACCCGGAGAGCCACUUCUCCAGACCUCUAAACGAAAGCGCAACGACAAACAUCUCCACGGGGGACCGUGUAGAGGUGGAGUACGAGGCGCGAGGCAUGGUGCAUAGGCCGCUAGGCCUGCAAAGCAUGGCCGCAGCCGUGGAUUUUUUAGAUUGUAACGUUGCUUGGCGAAAGAUGUGCGCGUUUCCAGCACUCCUGGGACUGAGUGCCAGAGGUGGCUUCCGGGUGGUGGCGUUGGUCCUCGAUUGUCUUACGAGUGCUUGA